GACCAGUAAGGGGAAUCUCCGCGUGGCGCGUCGCCUGCCUGCUUUGACUGUUUGCAGGAGGUGGAAGCAGCGGCGGCGGCAGACAACGAGGAGGAGGCGCGCUCCUGGGCCCUGGCGCGCACUCCCGCCACCGCUCCUCCCGGGGGCGCGCACGUGGUCCCCCGGCCGCGCGCCCGAUGGUCUCUGCCCUAAUGCGGGAGUCUGAGCGAGAAGGCGCUGCAGAAGGAUGGGAGCUGUGCGGGGAGGAGGCGGCGGCGGCGGGGGCACCGGCGGAGAGGUCUUGUAGCCCGGCGGCGGGUGCGGAGCAGCAGCGAAGAGUAUCUGGGCGGCGAUGAGGCAGCUGUGAGCCUGGCCUUGCCGGCAGGGAAACAGGCAGGGGACUCAGCCCGGGCGGCGGCAGCGGCGGCGGCUGGCCAGGCAUUUUCUCUGACUUACUGUCAAUCUGCAUCUGCUGUGCUUUGAAUGCCCUGUACCGGCAUUUAAGACUGUUCAGUAUUAACCCGGGACUAAGACAAGAGUAUUUAAACAAACACCCGGAACCACAGUAUUAAGUAAAUCAUAUUAUCCUGCUGCACUACGGUAGUAAGACACCACUUUGCCUUGUUGGAGGAAACUGGGGACGUAGGAUCUUAGCCAAAUAUUCAAAAUGGUAAUGCAAAGAUAUCUCCUAACCUAUACGGGAGUGGUGCUCGCUUUAUACUUUCAUCACCUCAUCAGAGCCAUUGAAGUCCCUCGGGAUCCAAGUAUUCAAGAUACAUUGCCUCAACCCCCUACUAUUACAAAGCAGUCUGUGAAGGAUUAUAUUGUAGAUCCGAGGGACAACAUCUUCAUUGAGUGCGAAGCAAAAGGGAACCCCACUCCCACAUUUUUAUGGACGCGAAAUGGAAAGUUCUUCAAUGUUGCAAAGGACCCAAGAGUAAGCAUGAGACAUUGGUCAUCAGGUACACUGGAUGUUGACUUCCGUAGUGGUGGCAGGCCAGAAGAUUAUGAAGGGGAAUUUCAGUGUUUUGCUCGGAAUGACUUGGGGACAGCCAUCUCCAACAAAAUCUUUCUGCAGGUUUCAAAGUCUCCCUUGUGGCCAAAGGAAAACUUAGACAUUCAAGAGGUUCAUGAAGGUGCUCAUCUUAUCUUGGCAUGCAAUCCCCCUCCUGGACUGCCGCCUCCAGCUAUCUUCUGGAUGAGCAGCUCCAUGGAGUCAAUCCACCAAGACAAGCGUGUCUCCCAAGGACAGAAUGGUGACUUGUAUUUCUCCAAUGUCAUGCAGGAGGAUGCCCUGACUGACUACAGCUGUAAUGCUCGCUUUGCCUUCACCCACACCAUCCAGCAGAAAAAUCCUUAUACCCUCAAAGUCAUGACCAAGCAUCCCCAUAAUGAAACGUCCUUUCGAAAUCACACUGACAUAUACAGUGCCCGAGGUAUCACAGAAAGGCACCCCAGCUUCAUGUACCCCAUUGGGACUUCAAGCAAUCAGAUGGUGCUGAGAGGGGAGGACCUCUUGCUGGAAUGCAUUGCCUCAGGAGUCCCAACACCAGACAUCGUAUGGCACAAGAAAGGAGGUGAUCUCCCAGCAGGCAGGACCAAGCUGGAGAACUUCAACAAGGCUCUUCAUAUUGCCAAUGUUUCUGAGGAAGAUUCUGGGGAAUACUUCUGCUUAGCUUCCAACAAAGUGGGAACUAGCCGCCACACAAUCUCGGUGAGAGUGAAGGCUGCUCCUUACUGGUUGGAUGAACCAGAGAAUCUUAUUUUGGCUCCUGGUGAGGAUGGGAGACUGGUUUGCCGAGCCAAUGGUAACCCCAAGCCUUCCAUCCAGUGGCUGGUGAAUGGAGAACCUAUAGAAAGUUCCACUCCCAACCCGAGCCGUGAAGUAACGGGAGACACUGUUAUGUUUCGGGACAUCCAAAGUGGCAGCAGUGCUGUAUACCAAUGCAAUGCUUCUAAUGAACAUGGGUACCUGCUGGCUAAUGCCUUUGUCAGUGUGCUGGAUGUUAUUCCUCGGAUCCUUGCCCCUCGUAAUCAGCUGAUCAAAGUAAUUCUAAACAACCGGACUCGUCUUGACUGUCCAUUCUUUGGAUCCCCAAUCCCCACAUUACGAUGGUUUAAGAAUGGCCAGGGAAGCACGCUGCAUGGUGGCAACUAUAUAGUGCACGAGAAUGGGACUUUGGAAAUAAUCAGGGCUCGGAAAGAAGACCAAGGAACUUACACCUGUGUAGCCACCAAUCUUCUGGGAAAAGCACAGAACCAGGUUCGUUUGGAAAUAAAAGAUCUAACGAGGAUCAUAGAUGGGCCAAAGGAUGCUGUGCCAAAGAAGGGUUCCACAGUUCAUCUAAUGUGUCGGGUUAGGCAUGACCCCACGCUGAGACUUACGGUCACCUGGCUCAAGGAUGAUUCCCCUCUCUAUUUUGGAAGCAGGAUGAAGAAAGAAGAAGAUGGCCUGACGAUAUAUGGAGUGGCUGAAAAAGAUCAAGGAUAUUACACCUGUGUUGCCAGCACUGAAUUAGAUCGAGACACUGCCAGAGCCCAUCUCACUGUUCUGGCUCCUUCUUCUGUUAACCGUAUGACCCUACCCAAAGCACGUCCUGAACGUCCUCGUGAUCUUGAACUAACUGACCUCGCUGAAAGGAGUGUGCGGUUGACGUGGAUUCCUGGCGACGACAACAACAGCCCUAUCACAGAUUACAUUGUGGAAUUUGAAGAGGAUAGAUUCCAGCCUGGAAGUUGGCACAACCAUUCCCGUUACCCAGGAAGCGUGAACUCUGCCAUCCUGCGCCUUGCACCCUACGUCAACUAUCAGUUCCGAGUAAUAGCUGUGAACGAAGUAGGAAGCAGUUACCCCAGCUUGCCUUCUGAGCGAUACCAUACGAAUGGGGCACGUCCAGAAAUUAACCCCACAGGAGUUAAAGGAGCAGGAACAGCCAAAAAUAACAUGGUGAUAUCCUGGACGCCGCUAAAUGCAACCCAGGUUUACGGCCCCAACCUCAAGUACAUUGUGAAAUGGAGAAGAAGAGACACCCGGGAGAGUUGGAACAACAGGACGGUAAAGGGUGACACCAACCAGUUCACUGUCACACAGACGCCCAUCUAUACACCCUACGAGAUCAAAGUGCAGGCCAAAAACGACUAUGGGGUUGCUAUGGAACCUGAGACCGUCAUUGGCUACUCGGGGGAAGAUUAUCCUAAGGCCGCUCCCACUGAUAUUAGACUCAAAGUUGUAAACAGCACAGCAAUCAGCCUGCAAUGGAGUAGAGUGUACCCGGAAACCGUCCAGGGACAACUUAAGGAAUACAGAGCCUACUUCUGGAGAGAAAGUAGUUUGCUGAAGAAUCUAUGGGUCUCUAAGAAAAAGCAGUCUAUGGGUUUUACUGGAGACCGGACACGGGGCAUAGUGUCCCGACUGUUUCCUUACAGCAACUACAAACUGGAGAUGGUUGUAGUCAACGGGAGAGGAGAUGGGCCUCGAAGUGAAACUCUGGAGUUCACAAUGCCUGAAGGAGCACCCAGCCCCCCAAGGUAUUUCCGAAUCCGCCAACCAAAUCUGGAAACCAUCACUAUGGAAUGGGAACACCCUGAACACCCCAAUGGCAUUCUUAUUGGAUACACCCUUAGAUACCAAGCCUUUAAUGGAUCCAAAAGUGGCAGAACAGUGGUGGAAAACUUCUCUCCUAAUCAGACAAAGUUUAUACUCCAGAGGACGGACCCCAUAUCACGCUAUAGAUUCAACCUGCGUGGCAGGACACAGAUUGGGGAAGGUGAGCCUGCCACGGGGGAGUCACCACUUCCACUGAAUGAAGAUAGAUUCUGGCAGAAGAAAAUGGCUGCCAGCAGCCUGCUGGGAAGAGCUUUGUUUGCUACCUCGGUUCUUCCAACCUCAGUUGUAAUCUCUCCAACAACCAUCAGCCCUACUACCAUUGUGGCCACCACCACCACCACAGAAGCUACUACUAUCACAACCACCACAGAAGCUACCACCACAACCACGACCACAGAAGCUCCAACCACUACUGAAGCUCCAACCACCACAGAAGCUCCAACCACCACAGAAGCAGCCAUCACCACAGUUAUUGCUAGCACAAUAGGUAUCCCAGUAGAGGAUUCUGCUGGUGGUGCAAAGCAGCCUAUCUGGGAUGUAAAAGCUUCACCUAACAGUAACUGGGCAAACAUCACCUGGAACCACACAUUUGAUCCUGAAACUGAGUUUGUGGUUGAGUAUAUCAACAGUAAGCAUUGGGAGCUCGAGAAUUCUGCAGGGUCCUUAAUGUCACCAGAGAUUCUGUCAUCUCUCAGAGGUAACAAAACAGUGAAAUCUUCCCCUGCUAAAGGCUUUCUGGAGCUGGUUGACCUGACUCCUGGGGAGAAGUACAUAGUGCGGGUUUUUCUCAAAGGGAAUGAUACUAUCAGCUCGAACGUAACCUUUCAGACAAGUCCAGCCUAUAACAAGAACCAAGGGGACAUUGCAACUCAGGGCUGGUUUAUAGGACUGAUGUGUGCCAUCGCUCUCCUGGUCCUGAUUUUGCUGAUAGUUUGCUUCAUUAAGAGAAGCAGAGGAGGGAAAUAUCCAGUGCGAGAAAAUAAAGAUGUACCCCUGGACCCUGAUGACCAGAAGGUAGAUAAUGGGUCGUUUGAUUACAGGUCUCUUGAAAGUGAUGAAGACAACAAGCCGCUGCAGGGCAGUCAGACCUCUUUAGAUGGCACGAUAAAGCAACAAGAAAGUGACGACAGCUUGGUGGACUAUGGCGAAGGAGGCGAAGGGCAGUUCAAUGAGGACGGCUCCUUUAUUGGCCAGUACACAGUCAAGAAGGACAAAGAGGAGACAGAAGGCAAUGAGAGUUCAGAAGCCACAUCACCAGUUAAUGCUAUCUAUUCCUUGGCAUAACGCAAUACACUGAAACAACAGCAGCAGCAGCAGCAAGAAGAUAUAUAGCCCGUGUGGGUCGGCAAAGUCACCAUCAACAGAAAGCAACUAGGGUAGGACCACAGAGAGCAAACAAAAACCCGACCAGGUGGUCACCAGGGCCAUCAUCUCUUUCGCAAACAAAGCAAAUGGCAUAGAUGCACCGGCUGCCGAAGCAAUCUUACUGCAGCUGAAAUCUGAGCUGACCCACAAGAGACCAGUAGAAGAGCAGGAUGCACAGAUUCUACACCCCAGGCUUCAGAACUCGAACUGAAAUAAACACCCCUCUAUACCCCCUAUGUCUAAUUUGUGAGAUAAUGCAACUCCUUUCAUUAAUAAUGUACACAGCUGAUUUUUAUUUUAUUUUUAUUUUGGUUGUUGUGUUUUUAAAAGGCUUCAAAGUUAUUCUCAGAAAAAGAAAUGCCCAAACAUGGGGGAAAUCUGGAGUGAGAGGGGUGGAGAUGAGAGUAUAAUCCCCUGGUAAAAGCAGCAUGAAACCACAUUGCGGAAUCGGCUACUGGUAAAAACGAGGCUGUUUUAUAAACAGGAACAUUGAUGGCAAUUUAUUUCUGUCGGAGAUCAUUGCAGCCAGGCUCUGGCUUAAUAAUCCUCACCGAGCAAGGUGUAGGAUAUUCCUUCCUAUAAGAAGAAACGGUACUAUAUUGGGCUUCAGUGUGGAAGCUAUACGCAUGGGGAGGGGGGGUACUUGUUGCAUUGACCCAAACUGUCUGUGAUCUCAGUUAGUGCUAUACAAGUAUUGGUUCUGAUGCAGGUACCGCCGAGGCAAGGUUUUCAUCCCUCUGCCCAUGCUAUUUAGCAUCUUUCUCCAAAGAAAGAGUUUAAUGGAAACAGUUGCAUCUUUCUGCUAAUCCAGGGUAGGAAAACAUAAUUGGGUUAUUGUUUUCCUGGAUAAAUUAUUGGGGGUGGGGGUUGUUGUCCAUUCUUGCUGAAAGUAGUCAUUCCUCCCUAUGCUCACACGUGGUGUUAAUAGCCACUCCGUGAACCUGCAUGUAGCAGGAAAGGGAGGAAGGGUGACCAGGGAAGAGCAACCAGUCUAUGCUUUCCUACCGCUAACCAAAAAAGAAUGGUACCCACUAAGAAUAAACUAGCCUGGCAUUAAACCCGCCAGCCUCUUCUGUGAAAAGUUCAGGGAUUUCCAUUCCCUAUAUGUUUGAUGCAAAAGUACAAAGGCACUCAGAAUCCACCCUGAUUCAUCUUUCCAUUGUUCCUAUCAUUUGCAUAUCAGUCAGGGUUACAUUUUUUGGGGCUUUCAAGGUAAAAGCCACUCUGACACAUGCAGGGGCCUCAAUUAGCCUAAAAGAGGCUUUUUCCAGUACUUAAAUAAGCAGCAGCAUGGAGCUCACCCUAUCUUGUUAGUUACACAUCAAAGGCACUCAAGCUAACUUGCUAACACGCAGCAAACCUGUUUUCCUCAGAUACAGAUUCUGUUGUGACACUGUUCUUCCAUAUAUGCCUUAAACAGCUUCAUGCUUUCCCUGAAGCUUAAUAAACUAUGAAUAUUUACCCGUAGAUUAAGCCCCUGGUGUGAUGGUCUGUAAUCUGUCGAUGCAGCACAAAUAAGGAAGCUUCAGCUUGGUCAGUUGAGAAGGCAUGGGUCAUCGUAGAAGGUAGAGGUGUCCCCCCCCCCCGUAAUAUACAGUAUUUAUGGAAUGCAGUAUGUAUUCUCUUCACUCCCUGCACUUUCAAAGUCAAAAGUAUUUAAAGAGAGAGAUCUGUCUCCGACAGUUUCGCAGCUGUAAAAUAACAUUUAGGGAAAACUUCAAUAGAUGUUUCAGCAUCAUUCUGAAAUGGAAAUAGUUGUGACAUGGCUGAACUUUCAAACUGGCUUGCCUGAAAGGUAGCUUUGCUAACAAGGGUAUUUCUGAUGAAUGGGCAUAGACAUGGGCAUAGCUGCAGAGGGGCAGCUAGCCGCCCCCUCUCCAAAAAGUAAAUAAAUAAAAAUACUUAACUGACCAAUCGUGCCACAGAUAGCUCAAUUCUUCCCCCCACCAAACAAAACUCAUGGCUACGCCCAUGGGCAUAGAAUGCAGAAAUGGGGUUUAAUGUAUUCAGUAAAAGGCUGGGAGACGUCGAGACUUAAGAAGAAAUCAGCUAAAUGAAAUCUCAAAUGCAAGAAAACUGUCACCAACCCAGGGAAGCUUGUGCUGUGAGUCAAGCCAGGCAACGAAAGGUUGUGGCUUGGGGUUACUGUUCCAAACCACUCCUUAAACAGGCUACAAUCUGUUAGUGGUACAGUAAAUGUAUCUCCUGGCCCUAUUGUUUUGCAUGCUUAAUUACUCCCCUGGCGGAUUUGUCCAUUUUUUUGACUUUGAUUUGAUCGAAUUAAAAGGAUCCCCUAAUUCCAACAUUGAGAUAGGGAGCCUGUGGUCUCUAGAUGUUGUUUGACUGCAACUCCUGUCACCCCUGACCAUUGGCCAUGCUAGCUGGAGUGGAUGGGAGAUGGCACCAAAUGGAUGGGUGACCACAGGUUCACCCUCUCUGGUGGUGGCAGGGACGCAACUUGGGACCUUUCGCAAGGAAACAUGCACUACCACUGAGAACACACUGCAACACAACUAAAUGCACCUUGCAUGCAUUUGAACUGUUUGCACAGUGGCACCACUGAAAGUGGCACCACCCAAAAUGCUACACAUAUGUUUUCCAAUCCAGCCCACCAACUACAGAUUUCUAGCAUUAUGUAUACUGUCCCUAAACUUAAGGCAGCACUCCCAUAUAGAUGGACCUGGCUAGCUUUGGCCUAUCUACAAGUCACAAGAUAAAACCAGGCAUAUGUAGCCAGCUUUAUAUGAGACCUUUUAAAAACAACCACAUUUAGUCUAUCGUACGUACCCAGCAGUGCCUGCAAUCCUAUUCUGUGCACAUGUGUUUUUUCCUCCCAAGCCUCCCUCAUACCAUCUGUUUGAGAAAUAUUGUGGCUAAGCGGGUGGGCUAACUUUUAGUGGAUGUAGAGAUGCCUUGCAGGAGUUUGAUGAAAGCUGGGGAAAGAUUGAAUUUUAACAAAAACAUUAAAUGGCUCUGUGUUCUUUUAGAAGGCAGUUCUGAAACCAGAUCUGACAGGGUUCUGCAUGCAAUGUUCUUUGCAAAACCUGCUCCAGUACCAGGCCAUUUGCUUUCCUUUAACUGCAGCAGGAAGAAUAAGUCUAACUUACAGUUGACAAAAUAUUGUUAGUAUUUGCCAUUAUAGUCAGUAUACUUACCUCAGGAAUGGAUUUGUGCUUAAGAGAUGAGAGAUGAGUUUGGAAGCUACAUAUCUUAUUAUUAAAGCCCUAUAUAAACGUAACAGAAAUAAAAGCCAAGAACACUUGGUGAGAUGUUUCUUUAUCAGGCUUGAAUUCUCUCAUAAGGAAUAAAUCAACUAAAUAGGUUCCUUCCCUGAAAAGUCAUUGAACUGCCAGUAACUCAUUCCUUGUUGUAUUCUCUGUGGGCGCCCUUGUAUAAAUGUGGGUAUGGUUUUCCCAGUAGAGAGCAAAUUGCUCACCCCUGCCCUGGAGCCAUUUAAGGAUGUGUAUUGAGAUGGGUUUAGACAAGCUAAGGAAGCCUUUCCGAAUUAUUAGAAGCCUGGACUUUUCCUGCAGCAAGGUACUCAACCUAUCCCCACUCCAGUAUGAGUAGUAUGCUACCCCACCCUCUAAUAAUGGAUGGGGAAGGGGACCUCAGCUGCAAGGGAGAGGUAUGUGUGUGCUCACUGCUUUUUCUUAACUUUGGAAUCCAUGGGCUCUAAUGCAAGAGCACACUGCAUUCAAAGAAGAAAACAGCACAAACUGCUGGGGCAUUACUACAGAGGGGGACAUCUGCUGCUGUAUGCCCUUCUUUAAGGGGCUACUGCAGAUGUAGAGAACCUUGGGCCUAUCAGAUGCUGCUGAACUACAACUCCCAUAACCCCUGGCAAUGAGCCAUGUUUGUUAGGGUUGAUGGGAGUUGUAGUUAGGCAGCAUCUGGAGGCCCAAAGUUUCCCCACUCCUUGGACUAUGGGGACAUUCCUGUGCUUCCAAAGGACUCCCGAGCAUUGGAAGAAUGACAUAAUUUGAAAAUACCACAAAUUGGUGAGUGUGAGGAGAUGGCUGUCCCCACUUAUGUCUCCCUCUACCCAGUAGAUGCUUCCACUAUCCACAUAGGUGCCAACUCCCUGGGGUCCUGGGUGCUUGGACACCCACAAAAUUCCCCAUGAAGGGACUGGACACCCACAAAUUUAGGUGCCAGGGCCAUGCACACUGCAUGGCACUCAUGGUACCAGGCUCCCAUGGUUGUGGGGCCAAGCUGCCACUCCUGGCUAGCCACAUUCUACACAACACUAAGAAUUACACAUUGCAUGCUACCCAGGAGAAAGAUUGCAUUUCCCAGUUUUAAAAUACAGUUUUGAGUGCUGAGAAUAUGCAACAUUCCUAUACAGAGUUCUACCUUGAAAACAACAACAUCUGGGAGUCUGAACAAAUGAGCAGCAAAUGCUUUUAUGCAAAAUGAAAAGAGAUCAGCUGGAAAGGCUCUUACCGUUGCUGAGUAUUGAGGGAAACCAAACAAUGGACAAAAUGUGGCAUGCAUUGAUGGCUUCUUUAACCACUGCUAUAGAACAGACAGCCAUAAGUAGACUUUAUUGUAUUUUAUUGAAAAGGUUUAUAUCUCUGUCUCAUGCACAGUAUUUGAGGUCGCUUCCAUCAACAGCAAUGCGUUUACAAUAAAAUAACAUCUAAGACUAUUGUUAAAUGCAACUAUGAAACCAGGCACAAUGCAUAUUGUGUUGUAGAUACUAUUUUAGUUAAGUUUUCAGAGGCAUACUGCCAUGCCACUGUGAACACACCUGAUGCCAUUUGAUCUUGGAAGCUAAUGGGUGUUGAACCUACUAAAAUAUUUGAGAGGGAUGUAGCAGGCUUUGUUAAGUUAGGGGCAAGACACAAGGUUUCAAAUACCACAGGUUGCUCACUGACUUUGGGGCCAGUUUGAUAGUUGACUGCAGCAGAAGACCUGAUUGCAUAGGCUAAAGAGAGAGUGAACUAAAGAGAGAGAGAGAUCCAUCUAUCUAAUUUGAAUUCUGCUCUUCCUCCUGUCUUACACCUGAUAGCAGGUCCAAUUCUGCAACAUAAUAUUCAUGAUGCUAGGAGACAAGCAUUUUCCUGUGGAAUUGCCUUUAGCAGUCCCCUUAGUCCCAUCCAAGAGACUAACAAAUCUUCACUGACGUGUUCCACUUUAAGAAUUGAGUGUGGUGCAAGCAACACAGUCAGAGAAGUAGGCAGCCAUUGUUGAAACAUCAUCUAUAGUCUUCUCAACUACAAAGGCUGCUGAGAUACAGGAAUAGGGAACCUGUGGCCCUUCAGAUGAUGGACCACAGCAACUUCCAUCAUCCCUGACCAUUGGGCACACUGCUUGGGGCCGAUGGGAGUUGGAGCCCAACAUCUGGAUGAUCACAGAUUCCCCAUCCUUAUUCUAAUCAUAAGGACUAGUGAAAGAGCACACUGCCAACUUAUCACAGCAGAUAUAGAACCUGUUCCCCUAUGCUCAUCCUGCAUACCAGCCAGAUGUAGUAACAUCUGACAUUUUGAACAGUUUCCUGUUCCUGACUCCAGAGGUUAUUGAGGUGUUGGCUCAUGUAACCACAUCAGCUAUGCCGCUCAGUCACCCAUUAUACCAUUCAUGGCUUGUGUUGAAAACUAUAAUAGGUUUAUUUCCAUUUUUAACUUUACAAAUAAAGAUCUGACCUAUGUGUCUGUUAUGCAGAUCCUUCAUGUUUUGGGGAAAUUGCAGGCAGUUCCAGAUGUUGUCGCCUGCCUUCACUGUUGCUAAGUUGAGCCAGCAAGUUCAAAGAGGAGGCAAUCUCCAUAGCUUAUUUUGUGUGUGGCAGUUUGGCAGUUAAAUGAACACCUUCACCUUCUGUGGAACAUUAGAGUAGGGGAGACACAUAUUCUGCCUUGUGUGCUGGUGAUGCUACAAUUACAGCAAAGGAAACAUGAUCUUGGACAAUCCUGACAUUGUCUUUCCACUCAAUUACCACCCUGUAGAAGUGACCCACAGGUCAACUAGCAUAACAGAGUCCUGACCCCUGCCAUCGAUCUGCCUAUAAUGACCUGGAUUCAUGUGUCUAAACAAGAUACAACCCUGCUACCUGUCAGGAAUAUCCGAGGAGAGUGCCAGUCAUUGAUUUCCAUUAGGGCUCAGCUUCUUGUUUACGUGUUUCACCUGACUCGUAAUGACCUAUUGCGGCCUUUCCCCUCAUCUCAGCUAUAGCAGCUGCAGGAAAGAAAACAAACCUUACUUUCACUUCCCGGAAUGUAGAGAAUGUGAAAUGUGGAAUAUUGACUUUGACCUAUAAAGGAAGCAUGCCUUGCACCAGGCUUAAUUCUAUGCUAGCGUCAGAAGUCUUCAGCUAAGCAAUAAUAAUAAUAAUGAUAGUAAUAAAAUGUGAAAUCCAUUUUCUUUUACGCAUUGCAGCUCAUCUUAAAUAAGAAGAGCCGGCAAGACUUUUCUGAUAGUAAGAAAUCCAGAAUGUCAUGUGGCUCUCCAUUUAACCCAGGAGUGCCUCUCUCUUGAUCUGUCCCUUUCAAGCAAAUUUCAUGGUAUGAUCGUGAUGUCAGAAGGCAGUCUUGGGCCCCCACCCCCUCGUGUUGAACUGAUGAAAGCGGAGAGACCACCCUUUGCACUAUGGAGGUUUCAAACACCACCAACAAAUUAUUGUACUGCUUUCUGUUUGUUUUGUUUGUUUUUAAUUUGUAAAUAUCCACACUCUCACACACACCCUGUUCCUUAAAGUCCUCCCCAUUGCUCCAAUACAUUCUAUGUAAUUAUUUGCCUUCUUUUAAAACAAAUAAAAAAGGACAUUCUGUGUUAAUCUGCUUUCCAAUAGAUGAAUGCAUAUCUGAGACUGUAAAGAAUGACUUACAGUGAGUAGCUUUACAGACUACGGAGACAUGUUUAAUAUAUGGACUGCAUGAGCGAUUUGAAAAAGGCCAAAAUAUUCAGAAAUGUUUUUGAAUCACUGUAAAGAAAACUGAUUUUCUUUUUGUAUAGAGAACACUAAACAUAAUAAAAAUAUUGUUCAGAAGA